AUGAAAUUCUUCGAGAAUGUCUUCACCUACGACUAUUCCUUCCCGGCCGUGUCGCUGGCCUACUUCCUUCGCUAUCCCAACCCAUAUUCUCGCCAUGUGCUGACCACCGAUGUCAUUGACCGUUAUGUCGAUCCGACGACUCAGCGUCUCCACACCACUCGCCUCCUCCUCAAGAAAUCCAAGGUUCCCUCGGGAAUCCUCAAACUCCUCCCCAAGGGGAUUGGCGGCUCAGACAAUUCCGGCCAGAGCUAUAUCCUCGAAACGACUGUUGUGGACGCCAAAGAGGGCUGGAUGCAGACGGAAUCUCGUAACAUGGAAUGGACUGGGAUAUUGAGCGUGGUCGAGAAGCAAUUCUACCAGCGUCAACCCGAAGGUCCGCUCGGCACUCUGGAAGGGCUUUCCCUCGAUGACAAGAAAAGCGAGCAGACUACGGUGCGCACUACAGUCACUUUCCGCUCUAAAUUCGGACAAGGAAAACUGCUAGGCAGAAGGAAGACGGAGCCGAGUAGCGAUCACACCGGUGAUUACGAGGAAGAAGCUCCAAAAAGAGGCCUUUUCACCUCCUUGUCCACUGCGGGAAUCCAACGCACGAUUGAGCUGAUUGGAUUGAACCGCACUCGGGAUGCCGUGCUCAAGAGCAAGCAGGGUAUGAACGUGGUCCUUGAGCGCUUGCGCAAUGGCGGUAUCGUAGGUGUUCUCGAAGGGAUGCGUCAAGAUCGGGAGGCAGCGUUCGGGCCUGAGGGCGGUCCCUGGAAGCGAGUUUGGCUUUCCGGCCAUGGGCACGCGUCUAUUCAAGAUGACGACAAUUGA